UAUAUUUUAAUAUAUUUACUUCUACCCAACAGUCUGACGAAAAUCCUGAACAAUUUGGGGAUUUUGGGAAUAAACAAACCGUUGUCAUGGAUACAAGAAAUCCAAAUGCAGAGUCUGAAAAUGCUGAAGGAUUACAAUUUGGGGAUUUUGGAGAAGAAAGAGAUUUAUCGAAUAAAUUUUGUCUGCUACGAGUGAAACAGGAAGUAAUCCCGUUGCCUCCAUAUCACAAUUGGCCUCAAAUUCAGCAACAACAAUCUAUUCUGCAACAGCUUCAUAAACAACAUCAGACAUUUGAACAGCAACAGCGUCAUAUCCAGCAUCGGCCUCAAAUUCAGCAACAAGAUUGGAUUCAGCAACAGUUUCAUAAACAACAACAACCUCCAAUCCAACAUCAAACUCUUGAACAGCAACAACCUCAUAUUCAGCAACAGCAACCUCCUAUCUAACAUCAAACUCUUGAACAGCAACAACCUCAUAUUCAGCAUCGGCCUCAAAUUCAGCAACAACAGCCUCCUAUCCAACAUGAAACUCUUGAACAGCCACAACCUCAUAUUCAACAACCGCCUCAAAUUCAUCAACAGCAGCCUCCUAUCCAGUAUGAGAAUCUUGAACAACAACAGCCUCAUAUUCAACAUUGGCCUCAAAUUCAGCAACAACAGCCUCCUAUCAAGCAUGAGAAUCUUGAACAACAACAGCCUCUUUUUUACCGUCGAUCUCCUAUUCAACAACGUUUCCCUAUUCAGCAACAAUUACCUAUUCAACAGUGGCCUCUUAUCCAACACCAGACUCUAGAACAACAACAGGCUGCAAUUCAGCAAUUCACCUCUAUACAGCAACAACCAAAUACUUAUCAACAGCGUUCUAUUCAACAAGAGUAUUAUAAUCAGCAGUGGCCUCCUCUUGAACAACUGCCUGCUCUGAAUGACAACAGUCCUCCUCAGGAACAAACUUCCAAUGAAAAGCAGGCUUAAACAUCCCGAGGAGGUGGCAAGAAGAAAGAAAGAGCAGGAAGAUUUAAUAGAUUUUUAAAAAGAAAAAGGGAACGUGACGAAGCAAGAGACAAGGCAGAAAUUUUAUCUAAUAUUUUUUCCGGGAUGGUGAAUGAAGUAUACAAGUCGACAAAAAAACAAAAAAAAAUAUUAAAUUAUGUUAUGUUACGUUAUGUUGCGUUAUUUUAAUUCAGUUUAAAAAUAUAAAUAAUUAUUUACAAUAA